CAAGUCAAAGUAGUCAAAAAAAAGAAAAAAGAAAAAAGGGUCAAAUCUCACAAAUGUUGAGUUGGGGGAGAUGGCAUUCAACAAAGACGGUGGAGCCAUCAAUUGGUUCCCCGGCCACAUGGCUGCCACCACCUGCGCCAUCCGCCAACGCCUUAAGCCUUCCGACCUUGUCAUAGUCCGAGAUGCUCGAAUACCAUUGUCCUCUGCUCAUGAAGAACUGCAGCCUCACCUCUCAGCCAAAAGGCGCGUUAUUGCCCUUAAUGAGAAGAUGAGUUCGAGCUUGAUGGCAGCAACAGAGCAUCCCAGCUCGGCAACAGCACAACAACCCAGUUCAGCAGCAAAGCUCAAAAUAAUGCUCCAGCUCGACAGAAGCGAGGCAGUUCAGCUCGGCAGCAGCAGAGCAGCCCAGCUCGGUAGCAGCAAAGCGGCCAAGCACGGCAGCAACAAAGCAGUUCAGCUCGGCAACAGAAUAACAGCCAAGCACGGCAGCAACAAAGCGGCCCAGCUCGCUGCACCAAAACAGUCUAGCUCGGCAGCGGCAAAGCUCAACAGUACUCCAGCUCAGCAGAAGCAAGGCAGUCCAGCUCGGCAGCAGCCAACUGUUAGGGAGCAAAAGACUAUGGUUCCAAUGACAAAAAACGCUGAUGGUAGUGUUAGAGAUGGAAGCUCUGGAGCACGAACUGCAGAGCUCAAACACAAGCUACAGAGCUCAAACACGAGCUGCAGAGGUCGAGCACGAAGUGCAAGGGUUGAGAAUGAGCUACAAAGCUCAAACACAAGCUACAGAGCUCAAACACGAGCUGCAGAGGUCGAGCACGAAGUGCAGGGGUUGAGAAUGAGCUACAAAGCUCAAACACAAGCUGUAGAGCUCAAGCACGAGCUGCAGAGGGGUCGAACACGAAGCGUAGAACUCAAGCACGAGCUGCAGAGGUCAAACACUUACUGCCAAGGUCAGCCACGAGCUGCAGAGGCCGAGCAUGAAGUGCAGAACUUGAACACGAGGUGCAGAGGACGAGCAUGAGUUGAAAGAUAUGCAGCAUGAGCUGCAAGGUGUCAACACCCUCAACAAGGUGCCGACACUUCUCCUGCAUUCGUCUUGAAGAGUCCGUAUCGGGUUUUUGUCCUUCUCUGCAAAUUUUGUUAACGGUAAAAUUACAGUCUCGACCCCUUACUUUUGGAUUCUGCAUAAUUUAAUCCUCAAAUUUCAUAUCUUUGCAAUUUAUUCCUAAGAAUUAUGACAUCUUCUAAUUAAAUCCUUUUCUACAU